AUGGAGGACGGAAACCCGCGGAUCCUCUUCCGGAAAAGCGGAGAGGAGGAAGCCCCGCCUCCACGCUCACUUCCGCCACUCGUGUCCGCCAUCAACCUUGACCGACGUGAGCGCCACUGCUGCCUUGUGCCUGCUGAGGGCGUCGCGUCGCGCAUGCGUCGGAAACGCCGUCGUGUCUGGGUCCAUGACGUCAUGCGGCGGCGCAGCAGCAGCUCGGUGAAUUUCACUUCCUGCUCCGACGAGCAGCUCGUCCUCCAUUUUCUGACUCCACAGGACGCCGGUACGUGGGCAGACGAAGCAGUGAAAUACGAUGGUCUUUGUCGCUAUGGUAACAGUGUCGAUUGUUGCUGGGGCUGGAGACAGACAGAGUGGGGACAUUGUCGACCCAACUGUCAGCAGGGUUGUAAACAUGGACAGUGUGUUGCCCCUGACAAAUGCAAAUGUCAUCCAGGCUAUGCCGGCAAGAGCUGUAACCAAGACCUGAAUGAAUGUGGUGUGAAGCCACGUCCCUGUGAACAUCGCUGUAUGAACACACAUGGCAGCUACAAGUGUUUCUGUCUGGACGGAUACACACUCAACCAAGACGGGACCUGCAGGAAUGCCCGAACAUGUGGCCAUGCCAACUGUCAGUACGGCUGUGAGGUCAUCAAGGGGGUGUUGCAGUGUACCUGCCCGUCGCCGGGGUUAAGGCUGGGACCAGACAGUCGCACCUGUGUCGACAUAGAUGAGUGUGUAUCCCGUGGAGGUGUGUGUCCUCGUCGUAGGAAGUGUGUGAACACGUUUGGAAGUUACUUCUGCAAAUGUCACCAUGGGUUCAAACUUAUGUACAUCAACGGACGCUACACCUGCAUCGAUAAAGACACUCGUCCGUUCUGCUCUCUGAAUCCAGGCUCUCCAAAGUGCCGGUGUAAAGAUGGAAACUGUAAAGCUCUCCUCAGGGUCAGCGUGGAGCCACACAGGCCAAGAACUACAACCCCAGCCCCGAGAAAAAGUACAACUCCCAGUGCUGGACUAACCACCAGGCAGACACCCAGGAAGACAACAACAAGGGAACUGACAACCACUGCAUUUGCCAAGACAACCACCCUAGCAACCACGUCCAGCACCCCCUUUGCAACCAGCACCCCUCCACCCCCCACUACCACACUGGACAACAGGAUAAACAAGGAAGUGACGCCAAGACAGAGAGGAGAUGUGCACAUUCCUCGUCAGCCCGGACAUAACCAGGUGUGGGAGUUUGAUAUCGAGUUGGGGAACACAGCAGAAGCCAGAGACGACCCUGCGGCUGGUGUGCUCCACUGUUCGUUCGACCAUGGUGUGUGUGACUGGAUGUCUGACAGAGAGGGAGACCUUCACUGGCAGACUGUACAGAACCCUGCAGGUGGCCAGUACCUGUCUGUCCCUCAGCUGAAGGUGGGACAGCGCAGCAUUCGAGGCGCCCGAUUGGCUGUUCAACUAGUCCCGCCCUGGAGCCGCACCGAUUUAUGUUUCUCUUUCUCCCAUUGGCUAACUGGGCAUCAUGUGGGCGUGCUGCAGCUGUUUGUCAAGGAAAGGGGGCGGAGUCAGAGGUAUGGCCACGCCCUCUGGAGCAGGACGGGAGGACAUGGGUGGAGACACACACAGGUCACACUGUCAAGACACACACUAGAGAAGGUGCUGUUGAAGGCAGAUCGCAGAGGUCAGAGAGGAGAAAUUGCUAUUGAUGACAUCACUCUGAAGAGAGGGUCCUGUCAAUCGGCAGUCGGUGACUGGAGCGCUCAGCAGCAGCACUUCCCCCAUCUGACCACAGGAGGGCGACACAACAUCUCACAUACCCAGAGCAACGCAACGACAACUAUGACUCCAUCCAUCCAUCCUCUCACCGCCCUCCUCCACUACAACGACACACACUUCCCCUUCUCCUCCCCCUAUGGCCAGCAAAACACCUACUCCAUGGGCCCGAAGGCCAACACCCACUUCAGCACAUACCCCAAUCCCCAUGGUAACAACAACGGCAACAGGCUGCAGGUGAAGAAACCGCUGAAUGCCUUCAUGCUCUACAUGAAGGAGCAGCGUCACAGCGUCCUGCAGGAAGGAGGCGCCAGAGAGAGCGCCGCCAUCAACCAAAUCCUGGGACGCCGGAUGAGCUGUGAGAGCGAGGACCAGUAA